ACUGAAAACACAUGUCAAUCUGGCACUCAGCGGAAAGUAGGCGUGUUUGUUUACAUUUCUUCCUGCGCCACGCGACUGUGCGUGAUGACGUAAGCUGUACGCAGCGCUCUGGCUCUCGGAAGAGAGAAGGCACGUUAGCUUUCAGAAAACCGGACUAAAAUGAUGCAAAAACCGAGUGUUUAGAUUCUGUGUAACCAUGGAGACUGAUGCACACUCCUUCCACGUGGAGUUCCCGGAUUUUUCCUGCUCGCUCCUGAAGAAGCUGAACCAGCAGCGGCAGAGAGGGCAGCUGUGUGACCUCAUCGUGUCCAUCGGCGGCCAUCAGUUUCGCGCCCACCGCGCGGUUCUGGCCGCCAGCUCUCCGUACUUCUGCGAUCAGGUGCUGCUGAAGAACAGCGCCCGCGUGGUGUUGCCAGACGUCAUGCAUCCGUGCGUUUUCGAGCAGCUCCUGUUGUCGUGCUACACGGGAGGGCUUUCGGUGCCGGCUGAAGAAGUGGUUUCCUUCUUAACAGCCGCGAGCUUCCUGCAGAUGUGGCACGUGGUGGACAAAUGCACUGAGCUUCUGGAAGUAGGGAAGAAAAACCGGAUCGACCAUGGAUCGUCUCCGAAAGGUGAUGGUUAUACCACUGAUAGUGAGGACGCUGGUCAGACUGCAGGUCAGGGAGAAGAUCUAGCCGAUUUAGAUCCUGCUUUAGGUCCAGCGACGUUAGAAAGCGCCGGUUGUUCAUCCCCAGAUGAUCCGAGCAGUGAGAAUGGCUCGGACGCAAUGGAAAACCAGUGCUCUAGACCGGCUUAUGUGCCGCCGAGCAUAAUGGGACACAGAAAGAAGGUGCAUAUUAAAUCAGAGAGGCAGAAUCGAGAUGCUUGCGGCAGCUUGUUUGGCGGCGUAAAUGAUUCAGACGAUCCAAACAUAGCAGAGGAUUGUUUUGACGAGAAGCUGGUGGAGUGCUUGGAUCGAGACUGCUCUUAUGAAGAGCCGUUAGACUUCUACGGGACCUCCAUGGAGAGCUUUUCGCAAGCCUCGGAUGAGCUUUCCAACCCGACGUCCAGGGAGAAGCUCCAGCUCGAAGGAGGUGCUGAUGAUUCUAAAGGGGAGACGGCGGUUGACGACGGCUUAAAGGAGCAGACCUCUCACUCAGGCUUCGCUUCGGUGGUUUACAAGCUCUAUCCGUGCCAGUGCGGCAAAAGUUUCACGCACAAAAGCCAGAGGGACCGGCACAUGAGCAUGCAUCUGGGUCUGAGGCCGUUUGGUUGUGCCGUUUGUGGCAAAAGCUUCAAGAUGAAGCAUCACCUGGUGGGCCACAUGAAGAUCCACACGGGCAUCAAACCCUACGAGUGCAGCCUGUGCUCCAAACGCUUCAUGUGGAGAGACAGCUUCAACCGACAUACCUCCACGUGCGCAAAGGCCCAUCAGACCCGACGGGCCUCCCAGAGCUGCUAGAGAAACCUCUGAGAAACCUCAGCAUGGAAGCAUCCUUGACCUGAAUGCCAAACUAGCCACUGUACACAGUAGAGUUAUUUUAAACAAGCACCUCAGUUUUGAACAGAGGCCUUCUGUUCAGUUCAUUUGUUCAGGUGUAAAGUAUCGGUCAAAAGUUGGGAAUAAUUGCAUUUUUGGUAAUGUUUUUAGAAGAAGAUUCUCAUGCUCACCAAGACUGCUGUAAAUUUGUGAAAUU